UCAAUUUUCAUAGACAACCAAGCAGCAAUAUUAUCGGGUGAGAAUUCCUAUACGAAAUCAGGCAGUUACUUAGUAGAUCAAUUUUGUAGCAUGACAAAUCUACUAGCAGAUAACAGACGAACUCGCGGACUCAACUUUGACCUUACGCUAAGAUGGAUACCUGGGCAUAAAGGAGUAGAUGGAAAUGAGCUAGCGGACAAGGCGGCGAAAGAAGCGGCUGAAGGAAAGAGAAACUCAAGCAUGCGGGAAAGACUACCAACCUACCUCCAGAACGAGGAGCUACCGGACAGUGUAUCAGCAUUAACGCAAUGGCACCAAGAUGAGAUCAACAAGAAAUGGUCAACGAUGUGGAAGAAAUCACCAAGACAUGCACGAGCAUCCAUCAUAGACCCAAGCAUGCCAUCUAACAAGUUCAUCAAGCUCAUUGCUACACUCCCAAAACGUCAAGCAAGUAUCUACACCCAAUUACGCACUCGCCACGCCCCACUCAAUCAACACCUGCAUCGCAUUGGAAAGAGCAUAACCCCAAACUGCCCUACUUGC